ACUAUUCAUUAUACUCUGGCGGCGAGGGGUGAAUGUACUUUCACACAUCUUUAUUUUAAUUAUUUUUCAUCGAAUAUUAGGUAUUGUGACCCUAGUAAAGAGUUCAUGGACGUUGAAGAUAGUAAGUCCACUUUGUUGCACCUCACCCAGUCAGGGGAGGAUGUGGAAAUGCAGAUCAAGGAGGAGGGGUCAGUGAGUGACAGUGGGGGGAAGUACUCCAUUGACUGGAAAAAACGGGUCAAAUCAGAGUUUAUGAGGAUAAAGCAUUUGAAGAAGUACAAAAAGACAGACGAAUUAAAGGCAGCUUUUGCAGCAAACAGAAAAACCAUCAACGAGCAACUGACCAAUCAGAAGGAGUUUCUGGAUUCCCAGCCGUCCUAUACCCUCCCUCCCCCCGAGACCCUCAGUCACAUUCCUGUCACAAAGAAGUGUGAUGUAAAAAGUAACUUAAUGCCAGUCCAGACAACUCUUCUGCGAGUUUUAAACAGCCUUCAGUCCAUUCCAACCAUGUACUGUUGGGCAGGGCUCCAGCAAAACUUUAUGGUGGAAGAUGAAACUGUACUGCAUAAUAUUCCAUAUAUGGGGGACGAUGUCCUUGACAAAGACGUAACCUUCAUCGAGGAACUGCUGAAGAACUACGACGGCAAAGUCCACGGAGAGAAGCACUGCAACGUGAUGGACAACGACACGUUUGUCGAGCUCGUCAACUCUCUCUGGCUCAACUACCCUGAUCCUGAUGUGGAUGGGGAGGAGGGCAUUGAACACUGUAACCAAGACGAACAGAAGUCACCAUUCCCCAGUGAUGCCAUAUUCGAAGCCAUUUCUGCAGAAUUCCCAGAAAAAGGGUCAGGGGACGAUCUAAAAGAAAAGUACAAGGAUCUGAUAGAAGUAAAAGAAACCACUGGUAACAUGCCCCCUGAGUGUACCCCCAAUAUCGAUGGAGCGGGCGCCCAGUCCGUGCCUCGUGACCAGACCAUGCACUCAUUUCACACGCUGUUCUGUCGACGCUGCUUCAAGUACGACUGCUUCCUACAUCCCUAUCACCCCACUCCAAGUAUGUUGACCAGAAAAAUGCCAGAAACCAAACAGGAAACAGAGCCUUGUGGACCACACUGUUAUUUACAUUUGGUUGGUCUACCAGAUGAAAAGGGGGAGCACUGUGAAGUGAAAAAAGAAGAAAAGAUAGAACCUAGUAAAAAAUGUAAAACUAGAUUGCAAAAUAAGCGCAAAAAAUCUGUCACAGACGUGAAGCAGGAGAAGACGAGGAUAGACGACUGGAUGCCGGGGGAGGAGUCGUUGUUCAGGGUGAUACAGGACAUGCACCGCACCAACUACUGCGCCAUGGCCAAGCUGAUCAAAACCAAGACCUGUGUUCAGGUGUAUAGUUUUGCACUUAAAGAGGCAGCCCACAUUCCAGACAUCACAGAGGAUAAGAAGCUGACUCCACCCAGAAAGAAGGCCAAGAAAAAGCACAAGUUGUGGUCCAUGCACUGCCGUAAGAUUCAGCUGAAGAAAGACAACAACAGCAGUAAGAUGGUGCACAAUUACCAGCCGUGCGACCACCCGGGGCUACGGUGUGACGAGAACUGUCCCUGUAUCAUGUCCCAGAACUUCUGUGAAAAGUUCUGCCAGUGCAGUGGCGAUUGUGAGAACAGGUUCCCUGGGUGUCGGUGUAAGGCCCAGUGUAACACCAAACAGUGUCCAUGUUUCCUGGCAGUGCGCGAAUGUGACCCUGACCUUUGUCAGAUGUGUGGGGCAGAUCAGUUUACGACUGACAAAAUUUCCUGCAAGAAUGUCAGUGUCCAAAGAGGAAUGAAAAAGCAUCUCCUUCUAGCACCCUCGGAUAUUGCAGGAUGGGGAAUUUUUCUCAAAGUACCAGCAGAGAAAAAUGAGUUCAUAUCAGAAUAUUGUGGAGAGAUAAUAUCACAAGAUGAAGCAGACAGGAGAGGGAAAGUAUAUGACAAAUACAUGUGUAGCUUCCUUUUUAAUCUCAACAAUGAUUUUGUUGUGGAUGCCACAAGGAAAGGGAACAAAAUUCGCUUUGCCAACCACUCUGUUAAUCCCAACUGUUACGCCAAAGUCAUGAUGGUAAACGGGGACCACAGGAUUGGGAUAUUUGCCAAGCGACCUAUACAGGCAGGAGAGGAGCUCUUCUUUGAUUAUCGUUAUGGUCCAACAGAACAAUUGAGAUUUGUGGGCAUUGAGAGAGACACUGAAAUGAUUUGAUCUGAGAGGAAGUAGCAAGCUUAACUGAUGUGAAAUUUUCCAGGUGCUUAAAGUAAUAUUCUUUUCUUCACUGUGCAAUAUCUUCAAUUUUACAAUCUCAAAGCAAAUCAACAGGAUAAUUCAGAUCAGGAGACUCAAAACAGAACUGAAGAGUUUUGUAAGUUUAUUAAGAGUUU